CAUUUCUGUCAGACUUUAGAAGUCAAAACAAAAAUAGGGCUCGUUUUUCUUAGAAUUUAUUAUUUCUCUGGAAAACAUAAAUUGAUGAAAUAAAUCAUUUAAUAAAAAUGUAAUUGAGAAUUCAUACACAGCUGUGCAACAAGUAAUUGGUUAUAAUGUCGACACUAAAGGAUAUUUGUGAAAAAAUCGAGAAAUAUAGAUCAAAAGUUGUAUCCUCUUUAUCGGAGAUUUCUGACCUAGACUUAGCAUGUAAAACAGUGAUAGAGCAAAAUUUGAAAGAUCCAAAGUUACCAAAUCCACUGUCCGCUGUGAAAAUUCAGGCGAUCAUUGACUAUAUGUAUGAACAAGUUAACAUUGGUAAUUGGAAAGAAGUGAGGUUAUUUUUAAGAAAAACUAUUACAAUAACUUCGUACGUGCGUCUUUUGGCGCACUUGAAAUGCAUUGAUACCCUAUCUAAUGAUAGUAUUAAAGAGGCUCUUAGAAUAAUAGAUUUUGGCAUACUUUUUGGCUGCCCCGUUGAUGCUGAACCAAAGUUGUUACAAGCUUGUGCAACAAGCCUACAUUCCGCUCUAACAAUAGUCUGCGAAACCUCUGGAGUCAGCACCAGGAGCAUAUUUAAUAAUGAUAUUGAUUUAAAAAACAAUUACCUUAUUAACUUAACUAUCUUGGAUGUUAUAAGUUGUCCUACAAUGGAGAGUUUCUUCAGGGAACAUAUUUUAGCAGAGAAGCCUGUAGUGUUGGAUAAUUGUAUAAGCCACUGGCCGGCUCUCACUAAAUGGCAGGACCAGAAUUAUUUUAUUAAGCUUGCUGGAUUGAGGACAGUUUCUGUUGAGCUAGGAAAAGAUUACACUGAUUCCAAAUGGACACAAAAAUUGAUGACAAUUGAAGAUUUUAUAAAAAAUCAUAUAUUUGUUCCUAGUAGCACUACUGGAUACCUGGCGCAGUACCAGCUCUUUGAUCAAAUCCCAGAGCUAAAGAAUGACAUCACUGAGCCUGAAUACUGUUGUUUUUCUGACAGUGAUGAUUGUAUCGACAUAAUGGCCUGGUAUGGACCGAAAGGCACAGUUUCCCCGCUACAUCAUGAUCCAAAGAAGAACUUGUUGGCACAAGUUGUCGGUGAGAAACAAAUUUUUUUAUUUUCUCCCCAGGAAACUGAGCGUCUGUACCCUCAUAAGCAUGAACUGUUGAUUAAUACCGCAAGAGUUGAUCCACGCAAACCAGAUUUGGAAAAGCAUCCUAAAUAUAAGGAGGCUAAGGGUUACAUCUGUGUGUUAAAGCCGGGCCAAAUGUUAUAUAUACCACCCAAGUGGUGGCACUUUGUUGAGUCAUUAUCUGUCAGUUUUUCUGUAAGCUUCUGGUGGGAAUAGACUUUAAAAAACUUUGUGUGUGUCAAUACUGUAAAUUAUUUAGUGUAAAGUGUCCUAAUUCCUAUACAUUUAUAUAAAUUUUGUUAGAUAUACUUAAAUAAUAAUCCUAUAUUAAAAAUCUGAUAGUUACACAUUUCAGAUAGAUUUAUGAUAUUUUUUGCUUCAAAAGCAGUUUUUUUUUUAUUUGUACAUGGAAAAAUUAUUUUUGUAUAAUAUAAUAUAUUAUUUAAUGAUAAUAAAUAUUGAAACUAGAUUAUUUAUAUGAGUAAUUUUGACAACUUUAGGUUGUGGAAUAAUUUUGCAGUGGUGUUUAUAAAGUUAAUCUAUUGUAUUUAUAUUAUAUAUAAACUAAUUGCUGUUUAUUAUCAGGUCUGCUAUUUCAUAAUAAAAUAUACUUCAAAAGAGUAAAAACUAUUUGCUGACAACAAUACAAAAGAUAAUGUUAUAUUUCUACAGUCAGCUAGAAACAUUAUAAUUAUAUUUUUUAUAAUAUUAGCUAUAUUUGUUUUCUUCAAAAAUUUGUACAGCCAAAUAGCCAAGCUGAUUUGCUUCUACUCUUUACACAGACUAUUUGUUAAAAUAGAGAGGAAAGACUAGGAUGUAGACAGUUAAAAAUUGAUUAAUUUUCAUUGAUUGAUUUAGUUUAAUGCCAGUAAACCUGUACAAGCUUGACACCACUGCAUUUAUGAGUCUAUAUAUCCCACCAUCUAGACAAACCAUUGUACAUCUUAUCACAUUAAGGUAGAAAGCAUUCAAAAUACAACAACAGGAGAAUAUAAUAUAUGUCACAGACUACUGAAAGUUUGAGGCUAAUGCCACCAUAAUUGACGGCCUCCGUGGCGCAGUGGUAUGCGCGGUGGAUUUACAAAACGGAGGUCCUGGGUUCGAUCCCCGGCUGGGCAGAUUGAGAUUUUCUUAAUUUGUCCAGGUCUGGCUGGUGGGGGGCUUCGGCCGUGGCUAGUUACCACCCUACCGGCAAAGACGUACCGCCAAGCGAUUUAGCGUUCCGGUACGAUGCCGUGUAGAAACCGAAAGGGGUGUGGAUUUUCAUCCUCCUCCGAACAAGUUAGCCCGCUUCCAUCUUAGACUGCAUCAUCACUUACCAUCAGGUGAGAUUGUAGUCAAGGGCUAACUUGUAAAAAAAUAA